UCAUAACAGCAGUUGUUUUGUCAUCGGCAAAGCCCUCGCUGUCACCAGGGUGGCAGACGGCAUCUGCUGUCUGGUCACCAACCGUGGGCCCCUCAUCCUUGGCGCAUCCCUGCAAGGAUGGAGCCGGGGCGGUGAGCCUGGGAAGCCCGAAUCCACAGCCUGGGAGGUUCCAGCGCUGGGUGCACCGCGAUUCUGCCGCGUGAGCGUGGCAGGCUAUGGGAUGGAUGAAGCUGAGCAGGACCAGUAUGAAGCUCGGCUCAAGGAGCUCUUCGACAGCUUUGACAGCACGGGCACGGGGUCCCUGGGGCAGGAGGAGCUCACUGACCUCUGCCACAUGCUGCACCUGGAGGAGGUGGCCCCAGCACUGCAGCAGACCCUCCUCCAAGGAAACCUCCUAGGCAGGGUCCACUUUGAUCAGUUUAAAGAAGCACUUAUCCUCAUCUUAUCCAGAACCCUGUCAAAUGAAGAGCACUUCCAAGAACCAGAUUCCUCCCCGGAAGCGCAGCCCAAGUACAUCAAAGGUGGCAAACGCUACGGGCGGCGUUCCCUGCCAGAGUUCCAGGAGUCCGUGGAGGACUUUGCCGAGGUGACCGUCAUCGAGCCCCUGAGCGAGGAGGCACAUCCCACACACAUCCCCUCCGGCGAGCAGCGCUGGAAGACGCGGGACAGCGAGGAGUACGAGGCCGAGGGACAGCUGCGCUUCUGGAACCCGGAUGACCUGAACGCCUCCCCUGGCACCUCUCCCAGCCCGGACUGGAUAGAGGAGAAGCUGCAGGAGGUCUGUGAGCACCUGGGGAUCACCAGGGAUGGCCACCUGAACAGGAAGAAGCUGGUUUCCAUCUGUGAGCAGUACGGGUUGCACACGGUGGCUGGGGAGGUGCUUGAAGAGGUGCUCCACAACCUGGAGCAAGAUGGGACCAUGAGUGUGGAGGAUUUCUUUUAUGGGCUGAUUAAAAACGGGAAGUCGCUGACACCCUCGGCGUCCACUCCGUACCGACAGCUGAAACGGCACCUCUCCAUGCAGUCCUUCGACGAGAGCGGGCGCCGCACGACCACCCCCUCGGCCAUGCCCAGCACCAUCGGCUUCUCCCUCUUCUCCAACCUGGAUGACGGGAUGGGAUACGGCUGCGUGGAGGGGGUCCUCGACUGCUGGCACCAGGAGGGCAUAGAGAACAGCCAGGAGAUCCUGAAGGCUUUGGACUUCAGCUUGGAUGGGAAGGUGAACCUGACGGAGCUGACGCUGGCACUGGAGAACGAACUCCUGAUCACCAAGAAUGGGGUCCACCAGGCAGCUCUGGCGAGCUUCAAGACGGAGAUCAGGCACCUCCUGGAGAGGUUUGACCAAGUGGCCAGGGAGAAGGAGAAGCUGCGUUCGGACUUGGAGAAGGCCGAGAAGCUGAAAUCCCUGAUGGCCUCGGAAGUGGACGAUCACCACGCCGCGAUCGAGCGCCGCAACGAGUACAACCUCAGGAAGCUGGACGAGGAGUACAAGGAGCGAAUCGUGGCUCUCAAGAAUGAGCUGCGCAGAGAGCGGGAGCAGAUCCUGCAGCAGGCCAGCAAACAGAGGCUGGAGCUGGAGCAGGAGAUUGAAAAGCUGAAGACGGAUGAGAAUUACAUCCGAGACCGCCUGACCCUGGCCCUGAAGGAAAACAGCCGCCUGGAGAGCGAGCUACUGGAAACGGGAGAAAAACUGGCCGAGUGUGAAAGUUUGGCAAGCAAGCUGCAGAGGAACUUGGAAAACGUCCUGGCUGAGAAGUUUGGUGACCUGGAUCCCACCAGUGCAGAGUUUUUCCUGCAGGAGGAGAGACUGGCCCAGAUCAAGAGCGAGUACGAGCAGCAGUGCAGAGAGCUGCAGGACCAGAUUGAUGAGCUGCACUCGGAGCUGGAGGAGUACCGGGCCCAGGGCAAAGUGCUCAGGCCUUCCCUGAAAAAUUCCCUGUCGGAGGAGUUUGAGAUCGACAUGAAGAGUCACGGCAACAGCGGGAUUGAGCCUGACCAAGGACUCGGUUCAGAAGACUGUAACCCGUUAAAUAUGAGCAUAGAGGCAGAAAUGGCUAUUGAGCAAAUGAAGGAGCAACAUCACAGGGAUCUCUAUCACCUCAAACAGGAGCUUGAAGACACGGUGAGCCAUUAUGAAAAGCAGCUGGACGAGACAAAAGCCCACUGGGAGAAGGAGCAAGAGGACCUGAGGAAGAAGCACUCCCAAGAGAUGAAUGCCAUGGAAAAGCAGAUCACUGGCCUCAAAACUCAGAUAGCAGAGCUGCAGGGAGAGGCAGCAGCGCUCAGGGAGCAGCAGGAGGAGCUCGACCGCAAACACAGCGACGAGAAGAACAAACUGCAGAUGCGCUUCGAGGAGGAAAAGGCCAACCUGCAGGAGCUGCUGAGGCAGGAGCACGAGGAGGACGUCAGAGCCAGGCUGGAGCAGCUGAACGAGAAGUUCAGCCAGGAGCGGGAAGAGCUGAUCCAAAACGGCGUCUGGGCGGAGGAGAAGACGCGAGUCCUGGUGCGGACGCUGCAGGAGGAGAAGGGGGAGCUGGAGCGCGGCUUCCACGAGCAGCUGAAGAGGCUGGCAGAGGUGCACGCCCUGGAGAAGGAAGAGCUGCAGCAGGAGCUGCUGAGGAAGCACGAGCAGCAGCUGGAGGAGGAGAGGAAUAAAAUGGCAAGUGACUAUAACAGAAGAGCCUCUCAUGCACAAAGCCAGUUUUCAGUGGACACACAAACACUUGUGAGCAAAUAUGAAGAAACCCUGCAGAGCCUGGAAGGUCGGUACCAGCGGGAGCUGCGUGAACUUGCCGAGCAGCGGAGGGAGGAGAAAUCCCAGUGGGAGUUCGAGAGGGAUGAAAUCGCUCAGGAGGCGGCUGAAGCCCACGAGCACCUGAAGGAAAGCCUGGCAAAGGAGAAGGCUGUUUCUUCUGCCCUGAGCCAGGAGAGGGAUCUGCUGGAGAAGAACUUCAAGGAGGAGGUGAACAAGCUGGUGUGCGAGAGGGAGCAGCUGGAGAAGGAGCUGCGAGACCUGAGGAGCGCUGCCGAGGAGCAGGAGGAAAAACUGAGUGGGAAAAUAGCCCAGCUCCAAAACGACCAUGAAAAAGAGCUAAGGGACAAAGAUGAGUUAAUAUCCAUGGUGGAGGAAAAUGGCAAGCUGGUUAGGCAGAAGCUGGAGAGACUGGACAGUGAGUAUAAGCAGGAGAAAGAGGAGCUCAACUCCAGACUUCUUGCUCUGGAGAGUUUAAACAAAGACAUUUGUGCAAGGGCAGAGACAGAAAAGGCAGAGAUGAGCUUGGAAAUCUCAGCCCUUCGAGGGAAAAUCCAGAAACUGCAGUGGGAGGCGCGUGGCUUUUCCGCCCUGCGGAGCCACUACAGGGCCCUGGAGAGCAAGUACGCAAAAGCCAAGAGCAAAAUUGCUUCUUGCCCUGGUACAGCAGCUCUGGGGGAUGAUGCAGAAGUUCUCCAAAACCUGCAGAAGGUGCACGAGCAGGCUGUGAAGGAGAAUGUCAGGAUGGCUGCCCAGAUCCUCAGACUGCGGCACCGGCUCCGAGCUGCGGAGCGGGAACGACCUCCCAGUCCCGGCUGCUCCGACUCUGGCUCAGAACCAGAGGGAACAGAUCCCAGUUUUGAAGGGUUGCCCAGUGAUUGUCAAGAUGCAGAGAAGGGAAUGGAUUCCAAUGUCCUUCUGCCUUUGGAGGGUGAUAGUACAGACCUGGAAGAUCUGACGGAGGUGGAUUCAGAUUUGGAGGAAGGACGUGCGAAAGCCGGAGCAGGUGACAACUCACUCAGGGCACAGGGGUGUUGGAUACAAGGAAGUGAAGCAGCUCAGGAUGCUGAUGGCAAUGAGGAUUGUGACAGGGACCGAGAGCUGCCUUCAUGGGUGCCUCUGCUGCCAAAACAGAGGGAUCUCGAGAAAGUUCCCAGAGCAAAAAUGCUGCCCAACGAUGUUAAACUGCAGAAGGUUCCUCUGCUAAAUGGCAGAAUAGCUCCCAAAAAUAAAGGAUUUGUUUCUGAUGCUUUGAAGCUGCAGGUUGAGCUUGAAAAGGCUGAAGAACUGAGUGAAGCCUCUUCCCUGUCGGAUCACGCUCCUGGAUCAACAAAUGGUGACCUGAAGAGUGUUAUAGCUCAGCUUUGGGAAAGGGUCGAAGAGUUGGAAGACAGAUCCAUGGCACAGGCUGAGCUUCUGUCACUACAGGAAGAAAUUCAGGUGGAAAACGAGGAUCUGAAAGCUGAAAUGAUACAGUUAAUUGAAAGGAAUAAAGUGCUAGAAGACAACCUGCAAAGGCUGAGAAGCCUUCAUUGCAGACGGGAAGAAAGUGAGCUGGAAAGCAUCAAGUUCAAGGAGGAAAACACAGAGCUCCUCCAAAACAUCACGGAACUGGAAGGUGUCCAAGAACAAAGCCCUCAAGGAAGCACAGAUCUGCACAGUGACACAGGAGAUGGGAAGCAGGAAGAACAUCCCCCAGCGUUCCCAGGUCAGCGAGACGAUUCCCGAAGCAACGGCGCGGCGAGAGGAGCGUUGGCGGAAAAGAGGGAGCCACGGGAGCCCGACCAGGAGGAGAGAGCGGCUGCUCUGGGUGUCCCAAACUGCGAGGGCGAGGAGAGGAGCGUGGUGACGCAGGGCCUGCAGAGCACGUGCACUGAACUGCAGCAGAAGGUCGAUCUCCUGAGGUGCGAGGCCGAGAAGCUCCGGGAAGAAAACGCCGUCCUGAAAAACGAAGUGACUUUGUUGAACGAGGAAGGAAGCGCUUCCAGCCUGAAACUGAGGGAGCUCAACGGAUCCAGGGAGGAAAUGAGGCAAAAGAUAGAGGCCGUGAGGAAGGAGAAAGUGGCUGUACAGAAGAUGGUUGAGAACCUGAAAAAGCAGGUGGCAGAUCUGAAGACCAGGAACCAACAGCUGGACUCUGAAAAUACAGAACUGAGCCAGAGGAACUCCAAAAAUCAAGCAGAUGUGCAGGAUCUUAAUCAGCAGCUGGCAAGGGUGCUGGAGCAAAAGGAGAGGGAGGAGGGAAAGUGUACCCUGGAAGAAUGGGAAAAGGAGAGACUGGUACUGAAACAGGAACUGGAAAACUCCAAAAUAAAGUCCUCAAAUCUGGUGUCGUCUUUGGAGAUGGAGGUGUCCAAGAUGAAGGUUCAGGCUCAUCUGAUGGAGCAGGAGAACCACAUCCUCAAGCAGGAGCUGGAGAAGACAAAACAGCUGCCCAGGUGCCCUGAUCUCUCUGACCUCCAAAAUGAAGUUUCGAACUUAAUGACGAAAAAUGAGAAGCUGCAGAAGGAGAAGGAAGCCCUGAGUGAGGAACUGAACAGAUGUAUUGAUAAGGUGGCUCAGGUCAGCUGCUUGGAGAGUGCAGUUGGCAGCUUGAAGCAGGAGCAGAAAUCCUGGGAGCAGCAGAGUCAGGCACUGAAAGCACAGCUCACCAUCUCCCAGGAAAAGGUGCAGAGCCUCGAUGAAACCCUGCAGAGCACCAACCUCCAAGUGUCCCGCCUGAAAUCCGACCUGCGGGUGACGCAGCAGGAGAAGGAAGCCCUGGAACAAGAGGUGGUGUCGCUGCACAAGCAACUGCAGAGCACCAGCGAAAAGAACCGGGUUCUGGAAGGGGCUGUGCCUUCCCCAGGGCUGCAGGACCAGCGGGGGCCGAUGCGCUGGGAGGAACCGGAGGAGCAGCCGAUGGAUCGGGAGCAGGGCCUGCUCAGGCAGGAGAACGAGAGGCUGCAGAGGGAAGUGCAGAGCACUAAAACAGACCUGGCUCACUCCAGGGAGAAGAUCCGACAGCUGGAAUCCACAAUCCUUUCCCUAAAGCACCAAAAGCACCAAAGCCAGUCAGGCAUCGUCAAAGCCAUAGAGCAGGAGAAACUGAGCCUGAAGAGGGAGUGUGAACAGCUGCAGAAGGAGCUGUCAUCUGCAAACAGGAAGAUCAGUCAGAUGAAUUCUCUUGAACGUGAACUGGAGACCAGCUCAGAAAAUGAAGGGCUAAGGAAAAAGCAAGUCAAGCUGGAUGAUCAGUUAAUGGAGAUGCUCCACUCCAGCUCCAGCGGGACGCGUAGCCAGAGCCCGCACUCCUGGGAGCUCCAGCAGCCGGGCUGUGCCGUGGUGCCCAGGGAGCAGUUCCUGCAGCUCCAGCAGCAGCUGCUCCAGGCGGAGAGGAGGAGUCAGCGCCUUCAGGAGGAGCUCGAGGCUCGGCCCUCGGACACGAACGUGCAGCAGGGGGGUCAUGAGCAGCUCCUAAAAAUGAUGGAAGAGCGCAUGGUGGAUGUGGAACAGAAACUGAGGCUUGUAAAGAGGCUUCUCCAAGAUAAAGUGAAUCAGCUGAAAGAACAACUCUCCAAGAACACCAAAGCGGACGCGAUGGUGAAGGAUCUGUACGUGGAGAACGCGCAGCUCCUCAAGGCUCUGGAGGCCACGGAGCAGCGGCAGAAAUCCGCCGAGAGGAAGAACUACCUGCUGGAAGAGAAGAUCGCCAACCUCAACAGGAUAGUGAGGAACUUGGCGUCCCCUUCCUUCAGCUCAGAGAUCAGGUCGUAGCAAAGCCACCCCGGGGUGUGCCAGGCCCGAGCACUUUACUGGAACGCUGAUAUUUCAGCUCCUCACUGCGUUGCCUUUUCCUUAUUUUUUUAUUUUUUAUGGGGGAAUUUUGGUGAGCACAGAGCUAAUUCCCAAACAAGAGUUUUGUUUCUCCCCCGAAUUGUCCCUCUGCUAAAAGUAAUGUUCGCUACAGGAAAAAAACAGACCUGGUUUUUUUUUUUUCUGGGUUAAAUUAUUUUGAUGCCUUGGGUUUCACGUCAAAUCUAAAUUCUGAAUAUCCUGUACUGUUGAAGACUGACCUGUCAGUAUUUCUAGGUUUUGGAGCGUGAAUUAUCAUUCCCAGAAUCCACGUGGAAGCCGAGGCCUAAAAGCAAAUUUACGUCCCUGAAUUCAAAGCUUUAAAAUAUUUUUGGGCUUCCUAAAACACUUCUGAAGUGCUGGAAGGUUGGGCUUCGACUGACCAGUCAGCUGAAAUAUAAAUGUCAGUAGAAAUGUUACUGAAGGCAAGGCUUUCCUGGGAUGGUCUGUGUCCUACAAACUGAUCCUGGGUUAUUCUUUGUGGCUUUUUCUGUGCAGAGCUCAGAAAAAAAAAAAAAAAAAAAAACAAAACCACACGUUUAUUUAAAAUAUAUAACAAGGCUGCUGCCUCCCACUAAGUGUAAUGGUAUUUCAUGUGAAGAAACUUCCCAGCUGGCAAAUAAAGACUAUUUAUAUUUUUGAUUUUUUUUUUUUUAAAGCUGUGCUGCCAGACGACUUAUGAAGCUGUAGAGGCCUUAAUUUUUUUUGUGUGGGGAAAUAAAUUGUAUUAAACACAGGAAGAGCCACUCAACGGAAGCGAAGAUGGGAGUUUUGUUUGUACAAUUUGUAAAUUAUCACAUGCAAUUUGUAAAUGCAGUAGAGCAGUGCAGUGUGUUUGUUAAACAGCUGGCAGAAAGAGUGGAAAGGGGCACUGGGAUGAUUUUGUCAGGGGAAUCCUGGCGCUGGAAUCCUCACAGGCACGGAGCUUUGCUUUUGUUUCGACCUAAGGGAUGAUUUGUAGUAGAUCCUAGAGCAGAAUUUAAGUCUGUGAUUAACUGCAGUUAACUGUGUGAAGAGACAUAUUCAAUGUGAAUACGACGAACUCAGGGAAUAACAGCCUAAAUUAACUUCCUUCAGCGUUGUAAAUGUGGAUAUAAAUGUCAGUAGAAGAAGAUAAACACGUGUUAGGAAAAGCAGGAUAAACCAAAUUGUAUUUAGGUAUUACCUUAGUCCUCCUCAACCAAGAGAGGAGCAUCAAGGCUUGGAAUGAGAGGGGAUCCCUCCUUUGGGAUCAGCGGGAGGGGCUGGGAGAACGCAAGAUUUUUGGGAACAGCUUCAAGCCAGCCCAGUAAGACACCACUGAGCACUGUAAAUCAAACUGGGGCCACACUGGCAAUGCUUGGAACUGGACCUCUUGAAACAGCUGGUUGAGAGCACAGAGGGAGGGGUGUUUUGUCUCAGAGGCCACCAGCAAGGUUGAUAAUUCAGUCACGAGCCAGAAGUCCCCCAGAAAAUGGGAUAACAACACUGCCUACAAGCUGUGGAGGAACCUCUGGAAAAGGAGUUUUUCUUGGUGCUGGUUAGCACGUGGCUGUAGAGGAUGCUCUCUGUGGCUGUGGGGUUACUUACUAAUUUUGGAGUGUUGAUGGACCUUCUCCUCCUCCUCCUCCUCCUCCACUGCUGGCAACACAGUGGAAAUGGAAAUAUAAUCAUGGAAGAACAAACAUCAUGUUGGAGCAUCACACAGUCCCUAUAAAUUACUUCACUGCUGUGCUUUCCUUAAUGUCUGGAGUGGGGAUUUCUCCAGGUCACCUGAAAAACAAGGAUUUACGGGUUUUUCAGAGUCCGCAAAAUUAUCUCCCCGAAUUGGAAACGCGGCAAAUCGAUCUGAAAUUAGCAAAGCUCCCAAAUAUUCCCAGGAAACAAAGGAAAUGAGGUUCAGAACUGUAUUUGGGAAUUAGCUAGCACUAAUUUAGUACUAAUUAUUUUAACCCUGCUUCAUACCUUGGCCUUGGUUUACUUCUCUCUGUGACCAGGGUGUGAAGAGAGAGAAUAUUUCACUGAAGUUGUGCUGCAACUCAUUUCACAUGACUCAACUUUAAAGGCUCCACUGCUUAACUAAUUCUUUUAGUCUCCUGGGAGUUCUUACCAGGCUUUUACAAACCAAACACGCAGGCAUUGCAAGAGCACAGCACCAAAAGGGGAGCCCAGGUGCUGGAAGGGAAGGGAGAAACAGAGAAAAGGGGCUUUUUGGCUUCUCCCUUUCCCCCCUGUCCUACCUUACUCUGCUUUUAUUUCAUUUAGAUGCAAUAAAAACCCAAAACCAACCUAAGCAGAGGAGAGAGGAGGAGGAGGAGGAAAACGUCCUAGUGGUAAAUAUUUUUGAGGCAAAACUCCACUUCCGCUGGUGCAUGUGUGUGAAUUAACCCUCAGAAGUGCCUUUUGCCAUUCCACGUUUUUAGAGCCUUUCUCUGCUGUGCUGGGCUUGUUGCUCCAGGCCAAUUCAGGGCAAUCCCUUCCCAGAGGAGGGAUCCCAGAGAAAGGCAGCGCUGCUUACGGGUGUCGCGUUGCUUCUUGGUCCGUGGCGUCAGCUCAGGAGAGAGGCAGCUCCUCUCUUUACAAAAGUCCAGGCUGCUGAAAAUAACCACAUAGCCGUGUAAAUUAUUAAAGCAUCGCUGGUGUUCCGUGCAUGAAUGUGUCUCCUAUGCAGCAUAGGCAAAAAAACCAAAGUAUUUAAUGUUGUAGCAGUCAAAAGGCACUGAAUUUUGUCGGCCUCGUUAGUACAGCGGGUCUUGCCGUGUCACAUCUGAACGACUUUAUUACCUGGAGGUGUUUUGUUUUCGACUGUUGCUUUAUGAACCACUGUGAAAAUAAAGGCACGUGGACAUUUCAGGUUGGGGGGGGUUUGGAAGGGCACAGUCCCCAGUUACAUUUAUAUGUGCUAAAUUCCCACAGUUGAAGCGCUGCUUGUCAGUUUAGAAUGAUUUAAAAAGUCUACUUUGUGGCAUAUUCUCCAAGGAGUACUUAAAUACAAAGAAAAUUGAAAUAUUUGAAUUCUGGUUGGGGGGAAAAAAAAAAAAGGGUUGUAACAUAUUUGAUUUUAAUUUUAGCCAGAUUAUGUGUUAGGUAGAGCAGGGGACAGUCUAUCAAAUAAAACCCUUUUGUUUACUUAUGCCAUCCCUGUCUCUCAGGUUUUCCAUCAUUUACCUGUUCAGUCUCCUGUUUGGUGUCAUUUCAUGAUGAAUGACUUCUGUACAAAUGAAAAAAAAAUGUAUAUAUAUUUUUUUCUAUCGAGUUUGUUUUGUUCUGGUGUAAUAUAUUGUCCUUAGAACAUGGUGUAAAGCUGAGAGAUGAACCAACUUACACAUUAUUUAUAACGGAUGCAAAAAAAAUACAUUAAUGUAUGAUCCA